AACCUCGGGUCAGACCCGAGGUGCGGAAUUUCCUCAGUGGCACGGCGCUGCCACAGCAGUGCUCACCUCCGUGCUGCGCUUUAUUCAAUGGAGCCUCGUGUCUGCUGGUGUUGAAGCUCACGGCUUAUGAACCUGUGGGUUGCGCCUGUGUUUUAGAGGCGAACGUGCGCCUGCUGGACCAAACUCGACUUGUGCGCGGCGAACGCGUGUCGCCACAUCGUAUUGGCUCGUCACUUCCUCCUGUUACUCUCCUCUCUCUCGCCACCUUCCCCUCACUUCCCCGUAGUGCGUGCCUUGCUCGAGCUGUCAGCACCUUAGCGAGGAACGGCGCUGCUUUCGAAUCCCAGCUUUCGUCUCGACUCGCUCUACCAUCUCCGUCCACCUCCACUCGCCGCUUCGCGUGGUAGUCACGUGCGGAAGCGCCCCGUUAUCGCGCGUCAACACUCUUUCCCUGUGCGUCCACAUUUGCUGCAGUACGUGGCGCCAUGCGUUGCUGCGGAGCGGGCAAGGGCACCUCGAGGCAGCGCUAGUCGCUCGUCGCACGUGCGUGCUCGUCGGCGCCUGUCUCGAGUUGCGAGCGUCCACUCACCUCACUGCCGUCGGGGCGUCCCAAGGGUCGCUAGCCGGCUGUGAGCGCUCAGGCAGAGCGGCAGCAGCAGCGGCAGCAGCAGCGGCGGGCGGCAGUGGGGCUGGGCGCGAUGAGCGCAGUGCCGCGGGAGAGCGUGCAGGUGGCGGCGCACAGCAUCGGCAUCGCCAACCUGGGCGAUGAUGUGGCGGCCGCGCUGGCGCCCGACGUGGAGUACCGCAUGCGCGAGAUUAUCCAGGAGGCGGUGAAGUGCAUGCGGCACGGCAAGCGCACCACGCUCACCACGGCUGACAUCGCCGCCGCUCUCAGCCUCAGGAACGUGGAGCCGCUGUUUGGGUUUGCCUCAGCGGACAGCAUGCGGUUCCGCCGCGCCAUGGGGCACAGCGACGUCUUCUUCCUGCACGACCAACCAGUGGACCUCAGACAGGUGUUUGAGGCGCCCCUCCCACCAGCCUCGCAGGACGUGAGUGUGGCGGCGCACUGGCUGGCCGUCGAGGGCGUGCAGCCCGCCACUCCGGAGAACACGCCCCCCGCAGCCAUGCCACCAUCAGCAGCAGUGAAGGCGGAGGCGGGUCGCACAGGAGAUGCCAGCGCGCAGCGAGGGGCGGCAGGGCCAGGCAGGGUGGAGGUGGUGGAGGUGAAGAUGCCGGUGAAGCACGUGCUGUCCAAGGAGCUGCAGCUCUACUUUGAGCGUGUCACCGAGCUGCUGCUCCUCACUGCCCGCUCCACUCCACCUGCCACCUCCGCUGCCACUCCACCUGCCCAGCAGCAGCAGCAGCAGCAGCAGCAGCAGAGCUUGCUGUCUCAUGCGCUGCGCAGUGUGGCGCUCGAUGCCGGACUGCACCCCCUGCUGCCCUAUUUUGUGCACUUCAUUGCUGACGAGGUGAUGCGCUCGUUGGACGACUGCCCCCUACUUUUCAGCCUCAUGCGGCUCGUGCGAGCUCUGCUGCUCAACCCGCACCUUCACAUGGAGCCAUAUGUAUGCGCGACAUCGCCCGACUAUGGAGUCGCACUUGUUGUGGGUUUCGCCAAGGCUUUUGCGAAAUGAACUACGGUUUCGCAACGGCCCUGACAAAUGUUUCGCACCCAGUAGUGUGCUGUCGCGCAAUGCACGACAUACGCGAACGAGGCGCAUUUUGACUUUGAAUUCACUUCCCUCCCCACCCACACGCUCUUGCAUUCGAUUCACAA